CAGGUCACAGUUUGCGAUGAAAUUCCUGGAUCCGUCAUUUGUUCCAAUUACUAACUCUCUGACACAAGAGCUUCAAGAGAAACCAGCCAAGUGGAUAUUUAACAGAACAGUAUUUGCACGGCAGAGACGAGAAAUUCUCCAGAAUGUGGAUGUAAUCCGAAAUUUUUCUUUGACCAAGAAUAGUGUACGAACUGGGCAACUGAUGCAUUACGACUAUUCCAGUCAUAAAUACGUCUUUUCUAUCAGCAAUAACUUCCGAUCCCUUCUGCCGGACAGCUCGCCCAUCAUGAACAAGCAUUACAACAUUUGCGCAGUCAUAGGAAACAGCGGCAUCCUGACAGAAAGCCAGUGUGGAGCAGAAAUAGACAGCGCCGAUUUUGUCUUUCGAUGUAACUUUGCUCCAACAGAAGCUUUCCAUAAAGAUGUUGGCAGAAAGACCAACCUGACUACUUUUAACCCCAGUAUUCUCGAGAAAUAUUACAAUAACCUUCUGACCAUACAGGACCGGAACAACUUUUUCUUGAACUUAAAAAAGCUCGAUGGAGCCAUAUUGUGGAUCCCGGCGUUUUUCUUCCAUACUUCUGCCACAGUUACCAGAACAUUGGUGGACUUCUUUGUCGAACAUCGAGAUCAGCUAAAAGUCCAGCUGGCAUGGCCUGGAAAUAUCAUGCAACAUGUCAACAGGUAUUGGAAAAACAAACAUUUAUCACCUAAAAGACUGAGCACCGGUAUCCUGAUGUAUACACUGGCCUCAUCUAUCUGUGACGAAAUACACCUCUAUGGAUUUUGGCCCUUUGGGUGGGACCCAAACAGCGGGAAGGAUCUACCGUACCAUUACUAUGACAAAAAAGGAACAAAAUUCACCACAAAAUGGCAGGAGUCACACCAAUUACCUGCCGAGUUCAAACUGCUCUACAAGAUGCACCGUGAAGGACUAACAAGGUUAACGCUGUCACAUUGUGCCUAA